AAAUGUGUUUGCAUGUUCCUCUCUGCAAGCGGGGAUGUAGAGGUGGGAUUGCAAGGACCGAGAAAGCUGGGGGAACCCACGCGUUCAGCCUCAGAGAAAGUACGGCUUUUUCCCAAAUAACUGACGCUCUGUCAUUUUUUUCUUUUCACGUUUGUCAUUACCAGGCAGCCACUCUGUUGGAUUGUGUUCUCGGAGAAUAAGCUCUGUUUUCCCUGCUCUUUUUUUUUUUUUGUCACCAUUCUUGCACGGCAGGCUGAGAGACGGACCGCUCGGACUGUGGGAGCCCUCCCCUCUGCUCCGAUCUGCUUUGGUAGUUUCCAGAUGGCCCAUGGGAGAGCGUGAAUGAGGCCUGAAGUGUAGCGGGGCAGAAGGCUCUGGGGCCUGUCUGUUGUCGGCUUGUUGAUUCGUCCAUCGAGGUGAGGAGCAACUCUCACCAGGGCAGAGAACGGACCAGGAAGAGGUCUUUUCUCCCCCUCCUCGCUCACCCCUGCCCCCUUUCCACCCUCACCCCCAACCCAGACACGUACGCUCUGGACCAUGUCUAGCGAGCUGCCGGAGGGGGGCCGGACAGAGGACCAGGAGCGGAGCAGCAGUAAACAGGACUCACCUGUUGUGGAGCGGAGGAACCGCAGUGGCAUCAUCAGUGCGCCCCUCAGUAAGAGCCUUAAGAACUCACGCACCCUUUCCCAGUACACAGCCGUCUCCUCGGCCCACACCAAUGGACACACGGACAAUGGUGAGGCAAAGAGCCACUCGGCCAAGCCUCAGUCUCCCCCACAGCCCCAGCCCACCGUCUCCGCACUGGCAGCAGCCAAGUUGGACCGGACCCUUGAACAGGUUUUGGAGGGACAGAAUGGCCUGCUGCACUUUGCCCAGGCAGCAGCGCUGUUGAAACGGGCCGGUAUGGAGCACAUGCUCCUGCCUGGGGGCAUGGGAGUGGGAGUUGGCGGCGGAGACGUAGGCUCGGGGGCUAGCGACUUGGAGGGUACGUCUGUCACGGACGCCGUAGGUGCUCCCGUUGACUUCCCAUAUGGAGUAGGGGGUGGUUUCCCCUUCAACCCGGGGCUUUUCAUCAUGACACCGGCCGGAGUGUUUCUGGCGGACAGCGCACUGCACAUGGCCGGCCUGGCCGAGUACCCGGCACAGAGCGAGCUUGCCUCCGCUAUCAACUCCGGGAAAAAGAAGCGAAAACGUUGCGGCAUGUGCCCACCUUGCCGACGGCGGAUUAACUGCGAGCAGUGCAGCAGCUGCCGAAAUCGCAAAACGGGCCACCAGAUCUGCAAGUUUCGCAAAUGUGAGGAACUGAAGAAGAAGCCCUCUGCUGCUCUGGAGGUGAUGCUUCCUACAGGAGCGGCGUUUCGGUGGUUCCAGUAGGACUCCUCCUCCUCCACCCCUACCCAAAGCUCUGCCAUCAAGUGCAAUGCCAACUCCUGGAUUGUCUCCGGAACAGAAACUGGCUAAUAAACAAACAAACAAGCAACAAAUAAAAUAAUGGAAAAAAUAACAAUAAAAAAAACAAUGUUAAAAAAAACAAUCGGGUAAUGGAUGCACCUACUUAUUCCUUGAACCAAAAAUGAAGCGUAAAGAAAAGCAUCUAUGGCAAUUUUCAUUCCCUUUUCUAUGUUUCCAUUUUGGUACCUUUCGUCCUUUUUCCAGCAGGUUUUUUUCUGUCGCUUCUACAUAGAACUGUUCAUUGCCAGAAACAGAAAUGACGGACUGAGUGUGGACAAUCAACUAAUUUCUGUGUUUGGUGUUAAUGUUGUUCAUGUGUGGAAAGAUACAGUACUUGUGUAGAGAAUGUAAAUUUACAGCUAUAUUUCAAAACUAGUGGCUAAUGGCAAACAUUAUUGUAAUUCUUCACCAUUAUGUUUUGUAAACCCUUGUCUAUUUUAUAAUUCAUGCUGAGUUUUCAGGCAGAUCAGUGGUCGUCUUUGAAAACAAAGAGAAGUUUUAAACUGCAACAUUAUGGAUUUUGGAUUCAAACACAGCCAGAGGACUUAAGUUAUUGACCAUAUCCACACAGCGGCUAUUUUCCUCUGAUGUUACGCUAAGGGUGGGAGGCUUGGAUGCUGCUUGGCCACACUGAUGUGUUCCAGGCUGUUAGUUGUAUCAGUAAAGAUUUCUGACAAGUAAUCAUCAUUUCAAUGCUUCAGGAUUUAUCCAGAACACAAUAAAGUAAAAAUUCAGAGAAAUGUGGCAAUACUUUUACAACACAUAGCCACUGCCUCACAACCGCUAAUAGUGGUUAAGCUACUCUGUACAAAAGGAUAGAUGUACUUUCCUAGCUUUCAUAAUAUUAGCUAGGAUUUUACUUCUCAGGUAUUGAAAUGAUAACGAGGAUCCGGUUGAAAGCUAACAUUAGCUAUUCUGCAACAGUAGCUAACUUAUUAUCCAAUUUUGAUGUUGGACUUUUAAAUAUGGCUGACUGUGCCUCCAGAUUUUCACUAACAUUUGUCUUUUGAAAUGACAAACCAUGAGAAGCAACGAGAAUCAUUACUUUACACCUAUACAAUCUACAACCUUGUGUGCCAAUGUAGCUCAUUGGUUCAAUCCUGCACACCCUUAUACAGAGGCUACAGUGCUCUCAGUGGCAGGCCUUGGUUCAACUCCCACUAGCAGCCUUUAAGCGCAUGUCUCCCCACUCUUCCCCUGUUUCCAAUUCUAUCCACCAACUUAAUCUUCAGUAAUGGCACGAGGAAGACCCCCAAAAAAUCGUAAACAAAACAUAAUGUUAGCGUUUUAACCUCCCACCUUUAGUGAACCUAUUAGCUACUGCCAGACAAUAGCUAACUUUUCCCUAACUAAAGACAACGGCUGUUUUCAAAACGGCCUGCUACAUACUACCUACUAAUGUGGUAGGCAGUAGGUACUCCCUACUACAAACUGCGUUUGAAUUUAGUAUGUAGUAUGACUGUUUUGUUCAAUCUGUGUUGCAGUCACAGGUUGCAGUGCGCUGGGCCAGACGUCACUGAAUUUCCGUUUACGAAAAGCAGAAGUAAACAACGGCCAAGCUAAUAGAGAAACUGCUUCUCUAUCAUCACUUAUGAUUUAAAAAGUUGGGAAGUGGUUUAUAUGGAAUUUAAUAAUUUCCACAGCACCUAAAAACUGAGUUCACCCGUAAAUAAAAGAAGAGAAAAGAAAAAGUGGAACUUUAGCGCUGUGCAUUAUGGGAAACAGUACACGAGGCAGACUGGUCCGAUGCAUACUGAGACAUUUUCCCGAACCAGUAGACAUCAGGGGAGUUUUGGCAUACUGCAGAUUUUGCUCUUGUUCACUUACUACUUACUGCAUACUGAAUUUUGGCCAAAUCAGUAUAUACUACUAGUAUAGUAGGCGGUUUCGAAAACAGCCAAUGUUAGCUUUCAGCCACUUGCUAGCUAACACUGCCUGUAGUUAGGGAGUGGUUUGCAACUACUAUAACCGUUUGGUGGAGCUACUAAUUCCAAAACAAAGGUGCAAAUGUCUAGCUUAAAUAAUGUUUGUGAAGAAUUUACUUCUUUUCAAACAAAGUUGUUGCUAUGCCGCGACAGAAUGCUAACACUGCUGUCAAAGUGUUGGGUUUUUAGAUUUAUUACGGCAGAAUUUGAGCAUCCCACCCAAAGCUAACCAUUAGUUAUUGUCAGAAAAUAGCUAAUGUUAGCAUUCAGCCAUUUGCUGGCUAAAAUUGCCAUUAGCUGGAAAGUAGCUGAAAGCUGAUAUCACUGUUUGACUGAGCUACUUGGUGCAAUAGGAAAGACGUAGAUUCCUCACUCCUUUUACGUUUGCCUGAAAUGACCUUCUGGUAUUUAAGUAUCUGUAACGAUAGCUUCAACAUUACAGCAGGUAUGAAGCCUCUCAUUCUGAAGCCAUGGGAAAAUGGCAGCUGUAUGAAUAUGGUGAAUUAGGCAAACCUACAAAGACGCCUCACUGGGUUGAAGAUACAGUUUGCCAGAGCCAUCACUACUGUAAACUCCUCAAUCAGCCCUCCUCUUCAUCUCCAAACUUUCCCUUUAGUGAGGCUGGCAGCCUUAUGUUACUGUGGCCCUACUGAGCAUGUGCCAAUACUGCUCAGGGUGACAGCAUUGACAGACAGCACUUGCUCUGAGUCUACCCUACUGAACGCACUGAGACAAGAUUACAUUUUCUUUUUUUUGUAUUUUGUUUAUUCGUUAUCAUGAUUUUUGUUAUGUUGCUGGGUAGCUACAGCUUUUAAAAAUAACCAAUCUUUGUAUUUGUUUAGAAAAUUGGACUGGUUUUGUGAAUAAAAAGGAAUGCAUGUAUUCGUGUCAAAAUUUACAAUCCUGCUGUUUGUCUACUCGUCUAUUUGCAUGUUUCUUUUUAUAAAAACAGCUGGUUUGACAAAAAGAAACAUUAAGUAUAAACUAUAAAUCAAUCCAAAAAUAUGUUUCUUUCUCUUUAAUAUUUGGAUGUUGUAGGAGAGAU